AUGGCUACGGGCAGGUGAGCGGCGAAGGCGCCGCGCGUGGUCCCUUCCCCACCCGCGCGAAAGGGAGGAGGAGGCGGUUGCCAAGACGACGCCAGUAGACGGAGGAGAGGGGGAAGGUGGAAGGAGGAGGAUGGGCGGCCCUCGGCUAGCUGCAGGGAGGUGACUGAGGCGAGCCCAACCCCUUGCAUCCUCCCCGCUCGUGCCUCCCUCCCCGUUCUGCUUCCUUCUGCCGGCAGAAGUGGUGGCAGCGGCAGCAGCACCUGAGGCUGCUCUCUCUCCUGGCUGCGCUAUGGCUAGAGCUGGAGCUGGGAGCAGCCUCCAUCCUUCUGCCAGAGACUGGGAGAGAAAUGAGAGGCCUCCUUCUGUAUUCCUACUGCUGCUGCUGCUCUGGGCUGGGGCUGCUUUCCAGGUGUCUCAGGGAACCGACCUUCACGCCUGCAAAGAGUCUGAGUAUCACUACGAGUACACUGCCUGUGACAGCCUGGGCUCCAGAUGGAGGGUCGCUGUGCCCCACACACCCGGACUGUGCACCAGCCUCCCUGAUCCAAUCAAAGGCACUGAAUGCUCCUUUUCCUGUAAGGCCGGGGAAUUCCUGAACAUGAAGGACCAGUCGUGUAAGCCGUGUGCCAAAGGCCGCUAUUCUCUAGGUACGGGCAUUCGAUUCGAUGAGUGGGAUGAGUUGCCGCAUGGAUUUGCCACCCUAGCAACCAACAUGGAGAUUGACGAAGACUUCACUGAGUCAUCUGAGAACUGUACCUCGUCAACCUGGGUUCCCUUGGGUGACUACAUCGCCUCGAACACAGAUGAAUGCACGGCCACACUGAUAUAUGCUGUCAACCUAAAACAGUCAGGCACUGUGUCAUUUGAAUAUUUAUACCCGGACACCGGCAUCAUCUUUGAGUUUUUUGUUCAGAAUGAUCAGUGCCAACCUAACAUAGAAGACUCUAGGUGGAUGAAAACUACAGAAAAGGGGUGGGAAUACCACAGCGUGGAGUUAAAUCGUGGCAACAACGUUCUGUAUUGGAGAACCACAGCCUUCUCUGUCUGGUCCAAAGUCCGUAAGCCCGUGCUGGUGAGGAAUAUAGCCAUCACAGGGGUGGCCUACACUUCAGAAUGCUUCCCCUGCAAACCCGGUACCUAUGCUGCCAAGGAGGGCUCCUCUACCUGCAAGCUUUGCCCAGCAAACUCUUACUCCAAUAAGGAAGAAACCUCCUGCCACAAGUGUGACCCCGACAAAUACUCAGAACAAGGAUCCUCUUCUUGCAAGCUGCGUCCAGCUUGCACCGACAAAGAUUAUUUCUACACACACACAGCCUGUGAUGCCAAUGAGAGGUAAACGCAGCUCAUGUAUAAAUGGGCAGAGCCAAAAACUUGUAGUGAGGAUCUUGAGGGAGCAGUGAAACUUCCAGCCUCUGGAAUGAAGACCCGUUGCCCACCCUGUAACCCAGGAUUCUUCAAAACCAACACCAGCACCUGUGAGCCCUGCCCCUAUGGCACUUUCUCCAAUGGUUCAGGUUGUGUUAGCUGCCCAGCUGGGACUGAACCAGCCCUGGGUUUUGAAUACAAAUGGUGGAAUACACUGCCCACAAAUAUGGAAACUACUGUUCUUAGUGGAAUCAAUUUUGAGUACAAGGGCAUGGCAGGCUGGGAGGUUGCUGGUGACCACAUUUAUACAGCUGCUGGAGCCUCAGAUAAUGACUUCAUGAUCCUCACGCUGAUUGUACCAGGAUUCAGCCCUCCACAUUCAGUGAUGGCAGACACAGAGAAUAAAGAGGUGGCCAGAAUCACUUUUGUCUUUGAGACGGUGUGUUCCGUGAACUGCGAACUUUAUUUCAUGGUGGGAAUGAAUUCCAGGACCAACACCCCAGUGGAAACAUGGAAGGGAGCCAAGGGCAAACAGUCCUACACUUAUAUCAUUGAGAAGAACUCCAGUAUGAGCUUCACCUGGGCCUUCCAAAGGACUACCUCCCAUGAGACAGGUCGGAAGUACACCAAUGAUGUCGCCAAGCUCUACUCCAUCAAUGUCACCAAUGUCAUGGAUGGGGUGGCCUCCUACUGCCGCCUCUGCGCCCUGGAGGCCUCUGACUCUGGCUCAUCCUGUACUUCCUGUCCCGCCGGCUACUACAUCAACCGAGAAUCUGGGGCCUGCCACUCGUGUCCUGCUAACACGUUCCUGAGAGCACAUCAGCCCUAUGGCAUCCAGGCCUGUGUGCCCUGUGGCCCGGGGACCCAGAGUAACAAGAUCCACUCGCUCUGUUUCAACAACUGCACCUUCUCUGUCACCAACGAAGCCAGAACCUUCAACUAUGACUUCUCGGCCUUGGCAAAUCCUGUCUCCCUGUCUGGGGGACCGAGCUUUACUUCCAAAGGCCUCAAGUAUUUCCAUCACUUUACCCUCAGCCUCUGUGGAAACCAGGGUAAGAAAAUGGCUUCAUGCACAGAUAAUGUCACUGACAUCCGGAUCCCAGAGGGGGAGUCAGGAUUCUCUAAAUCCGUCACAUCUUAUGCCUGUCAGUCAGUCAUCAUCCCCUCAGAGGUGACAGGCUAUAAAGCUGGAGUCUCCUCACAGCCUGUCAGCCUUGCCGAUCGACUUGUAGGGGUAACAACAGAUAUGAAUCUUGAUGGAAUCACUGCCCCAGCUGAACUUUUUCCCUCUGAAACUCUGAGGAUACCAGAUGUGAUCUUCUUUUACAGGUCGAAUGAGUUGACACAAUCGUGCACUUCUGGGAGGUCAACCACUGUCCGAGUCAGAUGCAAUCCGCUGAAACCUGACCCUGGAAGCCUCUCUCUGCCCGUGAAAUGCUCUGAUGGGACUUGUGAUGGCUGUAACUUCCACUUUUUGUGGGAGAGUGUGACGGCAUGCCCCCUCUGCUCCAGCUCUGACUACCAUGCUAUCAUCAGUAGCUGUGUGGCCGAAUCCAGAACCACUUAUGUGUGGCGAGAUCCGAAGCUGUGUACAGGAGGCAUCUCCCUGCCUGACCAGAGCGUUACCAUCUGCAAGACGAUGGAUUUUUGGCUCAAAGUGGGCAUCUCUGCAGGCACCUGUGCUGCUGUUCUUCUCACUGUCAUGACCUGUUACUUCUGGAAAAAGAACCAAAAACUGGAGUACAAAUAUUCCAAGCUGGUAAUGAAUGCCACCCUGAAGGACUGUGACCUGCCUGCCGCUGACAGCUGUGCUAUCAUGGAGGGCGAGGAUGUAGAGGAUGAUCUCUAUAUCACCAGCAAAAAGUCGCUCUUUGGGAAGAUCAAGUCGUUCACUUCUAAGAGGACACCAGAUGGAUUUGACUCAGUGCCGCUGAAGACAUCCUCAGGAGAUAUGGACAUGUGAGGGGCCCAGACCUGCCUCCUCCUGCUUCCUCACCUAGGCAGAUUGUUUUUGUGAGCCCAUGGUGACUGUGUCAACCCAGCUCUCUCCCACACCUACAGCUGGAAGGUUCUUUAUGUGGCCUUAUCAUAAAUAUGUUUAAAUUUCAGAAUUUUUUUAUAUACAACACCCAAACCUCCCACCCUUUUUACCCCAAACCUGCCAAACACACCCCUGUCUGUACAAGGGCUUCCUUUGGCUUGCAUUGUUUGUCCAAACGAUCCAGCCUCCCAAACUGUAUCUGUAUCCACCAAUGAUUCAAUUGUUCCAAAAUGGAAAAAAAAUAUGUUCUCUUAUGGAGCAAACUUCUGGUUCUUUAUCAAAAGGCACAAACACUCCUUGUAUUUCGUCAGUUUCCCCUUGGGGAACUAGGUGGCCAAGUCAGAUUGUUUUCUUAAGCUCCUUUCCUACUAAUUGAUGUUUGAAUAGAAAAUGCCUCCUUUCCUCUGAACACCCAGUUGAACCGGAGUGGAGAGGACAGGGCAUGGCAAGUAUAAUUGGGAGCAACAUUCGUGUGUAAAACACAAAAGGAGCUGGGGGGGAUUGUUUUAAGGAUUUUCUUCCCCUUUACUUAGGUGGUACUUUUCCCUUUCUUAUCACAGAGAUGUUCUCACUGGAGCCUAAUAAGAAAGUUAAUAAAGAAAUUUACUAAAGAAUCUGGUCAGAUAUUUUCCCUACCCUGAUGUUAUACUGAAGGAUUUCCAUUUCCAUUGUCCCCUGUCUCCCUGCCAUCUCCCUCUGGCCCCCAAGGGGACACGGACCAGCCCAAACCCAGUUCUUCUAGCUGUGUCCCUUUGUUUUAAUUCUAUCAUUCACCAAAUCUGUAAGAAGAGAGGCUGGAGAAACCAGAGCAAGAGUUCAAAAUUUUAUUAUCCCUCCCACUUCUGAUGGCCAUUCUCCUUCAAUCUCCUGUUUUGAGAUGACAAUGAUGGUCCCUUGGCCAGUGGCAUUUGUCUACGUUUUUCCAUCUGUACUACUUAAUGGUCAGUUGAUAUCCAAUUUGUAAAAAAAGAGUUAUCAUUGAAAAGUUCUGUCUCUGUCCUCCACAAUAGCUGGGUUAGCUACAGCUGACAUAGAAAUUCUUUCAAUAUAGCCCCUGUGCCACUCUAGACUACCCUCAGUGGCUCUGAUGGGAGGGUAGAGUUUAUCACUAGAUUAUACAAGUUCUCUGUUUGUGGUGGUCAUUUCCACCUUUGGUAUCUAUGACUGCUGGGAAAUUCUCCCAGGAAUGAACACACUUUACUCUGUAGUUCUAUCCUUACAAUUGUUUCUAGCCCUAGCCCAGCCCUCUCCGUUUGACAGGGAACGUGGCCACUCUCUUUCCUCUUGUGGUGUUUUCUCCCUUCUGCUUCAAAGGACAGUGAGAAGAGCUCCCAGACCACUCUCAAAAACAGCCCCAGUGGGAACAAUCAUACCCCCUUCACCCUCCUAAUGUCGCAUUAUAUAGCCAAAGUCUGGCCCCCUCAGAACAACCUUGAAUUCUAGUGAUUUGGUUGAAACAUUUCAAAGGUCCUCUUUUCCAUUCCUCAGGGUACAGGCAGGGGUCUACCUGGGACCCCAGAGCACCAUCAGGAUCACUAGUAGUCAUCUCCCCACAUCACUCCUUGAACUCUUUGGAGAUCUUGGACAGAUGCAUUUAUGUUUUAGAAAUAUUUUAGAUUUGAUUUCUGAGAAAGCCUUUUUUUUUUUGCCAAGGAAUAUAAUAUAUUACACAACUCUCUGAGAGGAAUUGACUUAAAAAUCUCUUUGGGAUGGCCAAAGUCCUGGGACAUAGUAUUAGUCAUCUUGUAAGUAAUUCCUAUGUUUGGCUGGGGGCACAAAUGAAAAAUUAUGAUGUAUUCAAGGACCAGGGAUUUCCUAUGCCAACCAACAAAGAUUUUUUGUUGACUUUUUUUUUGGUAUGACUGUACAUUAAAGAUAAGACUGACUAUAUUUAUACAA